AUGGCUCCCGCAAAGCGGCAGCUUCGAGCAGCUUCCAAUGCGCUCAAUUCCCUGCGACCCCACCUUCCCGCCAUCUCCUCCCCGUUCUCCUCCUCGCAAAUACCGCCAACUCCGAGCUCCACUCAUGCUGCCCACGGCCUCACAACCCCGCGACAAUCCUGCUGCAGCUCAUUGAGAACCCAAAUUCCCAACAACAACAAGACCAACACACAGCUCUCCAGCCCAUUCAGCACAUCGGCACCCAACAUGUCCACAAUGAAAGCCACCGGCGGCCACUCCGAGGCCUGCUGCAACAUCCCGCCCGUUGUCUCGUCCGGCUACCAGAAGAAGGGCGACUUCGAGACCUUCGACGGCCGCAAGACAUAUGUGACCGGGCCCGCCAAGGAGGCAACCAAGGCUAUCUUUAUUGUCAUGGACAUCUUCGGCUUCUUUGACCAGACCGUGCAGGGCUGCGACAUCCUGGCCUCGGCCGACGACCACAACAAGUACGCCGUCUUCAUGCCCGACGCCUUCGACGGCGCGCCGUUGGACAUCAGCUUGUUCCCGCCCCAAACCGAGGACCAGCAGCAGAAGGUCGGCGCCUUCUUCGGCAAGAACAGCCCGCCUAGCUUCGUGCCCAAGGCCCACGCCACCGUCAAGGCCAUCCAGGAGAAAUACCCCAACAUCAAGGAGUGGGGAGUGCUCGGAUUCUGCUGGGGCUCCAAGGUUAUCUCGCUGUCUCUGUCGUCCGGCGAGAGCCCAUUCAAGAUCGCUGCCGAAAUCCACCCUGCUAUGGUUGACCCUAAGGACGCCGAGAAGAUCAAGGUUCCUUUGAUCAUGCUGGCCUCCAAGGACGAGGACGCCGAGGACGUUAAGAAGUUCGAGGCUGCCCUCACCGGGCCCAAGCACGUCGAGACCUUUGCGGACCAGAUCCAUGGCUGGAUGGCUGCCCGUUCUGACCUGACGGAUAAGCGCGUCCAGGAGGAAUACACCCGCGGCUACAAGACAGUCCUGAACUUCUUUGCUAAGAACUUCCAGUAA